GGGCAUCGCGCCGUGCUGCUGCGCGUCCGUCCGUUGGCGCAACUUCCGGAGUUCGUAGCGGAGCACAGAACGCCGUGUAGAAACACGGAGGAGGACAGGAAUGGUUCUUUACUUCACACCUGGCGUUAUUUUCCACUCUUGCCUCUUCUGGCCCUGCAGGUGCUCUUCGGAGCAGCGCCGUGUGGGGCAGAGCCGUGCGAGCUGCAGCUCUGUGAUGAGGUGUGCUGCAGCGUGACAGGAGUGGUGCUGCAAAGGCCUGCUUUCUUGGCAUGUUCGUGCUAAGCUUCUCUGUCCUUUAAGAAAAAGAAGUACUUGGGCGAUUGUUGGCUGUGAUCUUUAAUAAGACUUGCAACUGUGAAUGUGCUUUCAUAAAACUUGCAGCUGGGCUGAAGUAUCCACUCAUAAAAUAACGUGGCUUUGUGAUUUGGGAUAGCGUGCCUCCCACUCACUGCUCUGUAGCUGUGAGUGCUGUGGAGCAAGAGAACGUGAGCAGAACCAAAACUCUAAUACAUGGCAAAAGAGGAAGAAGCAGAAUUGCGUGGUUCAGGCUGGGACUGUUUCCAAAACUGGAGGGUGAAUUUCCCCAGCAUCAGUGACCGAGGCAGCUUUCAAGCUUGGGAUGGAGCUGGCGAGCAGGCAGGAUCCUUAUUUGCGAGUGGUUGUGCACACUGCAGUGUGCUGCAGAGCCCUGACACUCCUGCUACAGGCCGUGUUUGACCUGCUGAUCCCAGAUCACACAGCAGAUGCCUUCUCCCCGCCUCGUCUGCCCGAGCCUGGCGCAUACGACCUGCUGCUGGAGCAGCUGCUGGGGGGCCUGGCACACUGGGACGCAGAGCAUUUCCUCUUCAUCGCAGAGCGGGGUUACCUGUAUGAGCACAACUGCGCCUUCUUCCCGCUUUACCCUCUCAGCUUGCGAGCUGUGGCCGAUGGCGCUCUGUGGCCCCUGCGGCAGCUGCUGUGUUUGCGGAGCCGCCUGCUGCUGUCAGCCGUCCUCCUGAAUUCUCUCUUUUCUGUGCUGGCAGCCGCUGCCCUGUACAAGCUAGGCUGUGCCGUGCUGCAGUGCCGCAGGACAGCCUUUCUUGCUGCCCUUCUCUUUUGUAUCAGCCCUGCCAAUGUGUUCAUGGCAGCUGCUUACUCGGAGAGCAUGUUUGCCUUCCUGGCCUUCAGUGCCAUGUGGCAACUGGAGAAGGGGCAGAGCUGGCUCAGCAUGCUGCUCUUCUCCCUUGCCACUGGCGUGCGUGCUAAUGGGCUUGUGAAUGCUGGUUUCUUUCUCUACUCCCGCAGUAAAUCCUUUGCCCUCCAGCUCCAGGUGGGUUCAGGCUCAGUAAGGAAGCUCUUUCUGUUAUGGAGGCAGUUCCUCAGUGUGGCAUCUUCCAUGCUUCUGACAUGUGCUGGGAUUUGUCUGCCUUUUGCUUUGUUUCAGUAUUACGCCUACAUGAGGUUCUGCAGCCCUGGCCUAAAGCUGGCUGUUCCUGAGCCGCUGCGGCAGCUGGCUUUGGACAAAGGCUAUCGUCUGGUGUCCCCCCAUGGGGUUAAACCCCCUUGGUGCUCCCAGCGGUUCCCUGUGGUCUAUUCUUACAUUCAAGAUGUGUAUUGGAAUGUGGGCUUUCUGAGGUAUUUUGAGCUCAGACAAGUACCAAAUUUUUUGCUUGCUUUGCCUGUCUCGCUUUUGGGCUCGUGUGCUGCCUGGACCUUCAUUGUUGCAAACCCACGGCACUGCCUGACCCUGGGACUAGAGAGAAGAAAGAAGAAACGAGAGGGUAAACCCAGAGCUGGGUUUUGCUGCCCUGCUGUCUUCGUGUAUGUGGUCCAUGCUACAGCCCUGCUGACGCUGGGGUUCUUCUACAUGCAUGUUCAGGUGCUGACCCGGUUCCUCGGCUCCUCCAGCCCCGUUCUGUACUGGUUCUCCGCCCACCUGCUCCAAGGACACGAGGCCUGGCUCUGGGAGGAGGAAGCCGGCGGGCAAAGCGCGGUGCGCGUCCGCGAGAGGCGCGUGCUGGGUGCAGCGCCAGGCUCCUGCGGGAAGGGCUCUGCGGGGGGACACCCCCUGCUCAGGCUGCUGCUGAGCUACCGCUCCAUGACCGCCAUCGGGCGGUGCCUCCUGGGGUUCUUCGCGUCCUAUUGGCUGCUGGGGCUGGUACUGCACUGCAACCGCUUGCCUUGGACGUAGCGAGCGGCUGUGGCCGCGACGGACAGCUAGGUGACGGGAGGAGGAGUCCGAACUGAACGUUUUCUAAAGAACCGGACACGUCCCGAGGCCGUCGUCCACGACGAGGUGCUGUCGGACGGCCCCGUCCCAC